AAGAUAUUGAUGCGAGAAAGGGCUCUUAAAAAGAAAUUGCCACGUGUUAAUCGUCCAUUUGCUGAGUUGUAAAAAUAAGAGCAAAUUGUCUUUGGAUUUUAUAUACUAUUACAGCAAUACACCAGUUAUUUACUACCCCCCAAUCUGCACGUUGUAAAUGGCUUGUAAGUGCCACGGCAGAAAAUGUGCAGUCUUUUCAUGAACGACGGCCAACCAAACCAGCUCAGCCAUGACAUGAACGUACUCCUGGCCUACACCGGGUGCUUUCGAUCCAGGGAGGAUCUUAAUGUCUUCUGCUGAACGUCCUGGAUUUCAGUUUUUAACACACUCCACAUAUGGUACUUCUAGAAAACAAUGCCUACCUUUUUAACUCCAAAUAGACAUGGAUACUCAGUUCGUUUUUCUCCAUAUCAGCCAGAGAGAAUUGUUUGUGCCACAUCUCAAUACUUUGGAUUGGCAGGUGGAGGAACAUUGUUCUUAUUGGAAAUCACACCUGAAGGAAAUCUAGUUGAAAUAUCUACUUUCCAAUGGACUGAUGGUCUCUUUGAUGUGGUGUGGAGUGAAACCGAUGCAAACAUUGUUGUUAGUGCCAGUGGUGAUGGUGUCUUACAGUUGUGGAAUGUCAGUUGCCCACAGCUUCCUCCUCAGACUUUUAGAGAGCAUAAAAAAGAGGUGUACUCAGUAGAUUGGAGUCAGACUCGUCAAGAACAAUUUGUUCUCUCAGCAUCUUGGGAUUGCAGUGUGAAGUUGUGGGACCCUAAUCGCCCCAAUUCCUUGGCCACCUUCUUGGGACAUUCACAAUUAGUGUACAGUGCAAUGUGGUCACCACAUGUUCCUUCAUGUUUUGCUUCUGUCUCAGGUGAUGGAACCUUGAGAAUAUGGAAUUCUCAUGUCCCUCAGAGAGCUACUAUGACUCUGCGUGCCCAUGAUGCAGAGGUUUUAUGUUGUGAUUGGUGUAAAUAUGAUCAGAAUAUCUUAGCAACAGGGGGCUCUGAUGGUCUUAUUAGGGGUUGGGACUUGCGUAGUUUUUCAAGUCCCAUUUUUGAACAGAAGGGUUGUGAAUAUGCUGUCAGAAGAGUAAAGUUUUCUCCUCAUCAUUUCUCUGCAUUAGCUUCAGUCUCCUAUGAUUUCACUACAAGGAUAUGGGAUUUUAAAGUAUCAUCUGAAGCAAUAGAGACUGUAAAACAUCAUUCUGAAUUUGUGUAUGGCUUGGACUUUAAUAACCAUGUGCCAGGUCAGAUAGCAGAUUGUGGCUGGGACUCACUGAUUCAUGUGUUUUCUCCUCGUUCUUUGUCAGCGUUACGACCACACCUGACCUUGGCACCCAAGUGACACAGUUCAGAGUUGUAUAGCAAUUUGAACUUUGCAAUGAUGAGGUCUGCUCCUUGGCUCCAUCGUUUUGUGUAAAAUGAAACGAUCUAGUUUGAACAUCCAGAAAGAAUGUUGUAAAGUUGAUUUUAAGCACUGUGUUACUUGAAAGCAGUGAGCGUGGGAAAUCAACUCUAAAAAGUAUCAAAUUUUAAUAUUGCCAGUUUGCUGGAUUUUAUAUGCUAAGUCAGCAUUCAGAUUGCCAGUAUCAUAGCCAGUGAAUAUGGUGUGAUUUAAAUAAUGUUGAUGUCUGUAUAUAUUAUUAAUAUAAAAUAUUUAUAUAAGGAGGGUGAUAGAGUUAUAUGUUAUGUGUAUGUAGAAAUGGGAAAAAUAGUGAAAUUUUAAUCUACAAAUACUUAGAAGGUCCAGAUGUAUGCAGAUGGCAUUUUUAUCUCUGAUCACAUAACUUUCAAUACAAGUCAUUGUAUCUUGGCUAAAAUUUGAAAAAUAAGAGAAGUGUAGUGUACUGCUAUUUGAUGGCUGUGUUGAGGGCAUUUACCACAUAAAAUAGAAAGUUUAUUGGUCUUUCUUUUGUAAUUGAAGCAUAGAAGUUCAUGGAAUGGUUUAAAGUAAAUAAUGCAUCUUAUGUUUUACUGCCAUUACACAUUUCUGACAAUUUGUCUGAGAUAAUAUGAGGUACUAAGACUGACUUCAUCUCAUCUGAAUAAAGACAACAACAGUACCUACUGAGAAAACAAAAUAUAUGUGCGUCAGUUGAAAUGUUGUCUAUUGAUUCAUUUGUCUCCUGUGGAACACUUCAACAGGUUUGGCAUAAUGAGCUUUGGCUUCUUUUUAGCAUGAAGUUAAAUGUUGUAUAAAAGAGAUGUGUUUAUUCAUUUUGAAUGGUUGUGUGGACAGGACUUGGAUUUCAGCUCUUCAUAAGUCUGACAAAUUUUCUUGGAGUAUUAAGUGGAUAUUAUUCUACCAAGGGAAGGAAACAUUUCAUGACUUCAGAGUUUGAGAUAUUAUUUGAAUUAGAGAUAUCAGCAAACUUUUCUGAACUCUCAAGCACAUGUGUAAUGUAUACAAAAUCCUUUACUAUCUUCAUAGCGAUAUUUGGUAUUCUAAUAGGACUAUUUUUGUCAGUGAAUUUUAAUAUAUUUGGUUAUAGAAAUAAAUAAUAAGAAAUUAUUUAAAAACUUAUUUCUUGAAGGAAAUAUAAAUUUUCACUUAUAAGUUCAUGUAUAAAAUCGAAAUAUUUGAUCUUUGUGUUCAGGUUAAAAAAAAAGCAUAUUGUUUGUUAAAAGAGUUUAGGAUUUACAAAUACUUAUUUUUAAAAUGAAGCAAAAGCCCGGAAGAUAUUACUUUUGGAAAAAGUUAUCUUUAUGGUUGAGUAUGCUGAUAUUGUAACAAAGGAAAAAUAUCAGUUAAUGCUUCUCAGCAGAAAUUGAUGGGAGAUGCUUUAAAAAUUCUAUUAAGUUUUUUAUUUACCAAAAUUCACAUUGCAUAUUAAAAUACACAUCAAAUUUAAGGAAUAUGUUUACAUCUGUUUUAUUAUUAACAACAAUAGUUUCUGAUCUUUUAAAAAACAGACACUUGUAUACUUUUUUCAGAAAUUUAUUUUGAUAGUUUGACCCUUUUGGGGUUUUCUUCAAAAUAUUUGUAUCUGGAUUCAGGUUUGGAAAAUCUUUAUUAAAAAUUUGAAUUGCAUUUUAUAGAAAAAUUAUCAAUUUUAAAAGUCUGUGGAUAAAAUCUAUUGGUCUAUGUAUGAAAAGAUAAUGAAAUUAUUUGGCCAAACAAAAAGGGUUUAAGCAUGAAAAUAAAUUGCAGAAAGAAGUAUUAAGGUGUCUUCUGGAAACAAACAUUAAUGAAAGAAAGUCAACAGGUAUUGUGGUAAUGGUGGUGUUAAAACUGCAAGAAAUUGUCACAUUUAGCCAUGUAUUGACUGAAGUCACAGAGAUUAUUGAUAUGUGGAAUAAAAUCUAAACACCACAAUUUAUAUGUACUCUAGGAUGGAUUAUGAAAAAUGUUUGCAAUAUUGUAUGAUCUCAUAAUUUUUCAGUUUGAUCAUACUUUGUAAAUCUGCAAGAGUCAAAUUACUAUCGAUCAUAUAAGUUAAAAUAUCGAAAUAUGUUAUUAAAACUUUUAGUUGAUGGAAAACUUCCACCAUACUGGAAAUAUGGAAUUUUGAGAAAUAGUAAAAUAUGAUAUAAUAGUAUCUAAUUGGCUGUGCAGGAGAUGCCAUAUUGUAUGCUCAUGUCACAGUUUUGGCCGUCAUUCUGUGACCUUCCUCUCGUGAAAUGCUGUGAAAUUCCUCAGGGCAAAAUGCUGUGUAAUUCCUCAGAGAAUUUCUUGUUGAGGAAGGUUGCAGCAUGGCGACCAAAAAACUUUGGCAUCUGUGCCUAGGACACAGCAUCUCCUUGAUAGCCAAGUAGAUACUGACUCUCGGAAGCCUACACCUUUGUGUUACGAUAGCCAAGCCAUUUUGUGAUGAGCACGCGGCUUUUCAAUUUCAUUGACAAAUUGUAAAGUUAUGUCAAAAUUUUUAUAAAAAUAAUUUUACUUUUUAUAAACGACUUCAAAAGUUAAAUUUUUUAGUUAUUGGACAUGAGAUUGUUUUCAGUUUUAGUUUUAUAUCACUGACUGAAUUUAAGUAAAUCUGAUUAGUUUAAUGUUAAUAAUAAUACUUAAUUAAACUUUUUUAUAACUCUGAAGUGAAAUGUGUAUUCCUUUGUAUAUCUCUUCUAAAACGCUGAAAAUUGAAAUUUAUGCCACAGCAUGUAAACUGAGUUUUUGUAAUGGAAAGAGGACCACUUUUACUGGUAUUUAUCAAAUUUUCAGUGUAAUUGCUCAUUGUUUCCUUUUACUAGAUAAUAUUUGAAAUUUUAUACAAAGAGAAAGAAAUCAAAUAUUUGCUGGUUAUAUCUGUACUUAUUCUAUUACAUUCUACACUUUCUAUUCGUUUCUUGAUAAAAUGUGAACUGCAUUGGAUUAAUCAUUAUAUGAAAAUUACAAUUAACUUGGCUGUCCAUAAGUUAUUACAUGUGACUGAACAAUGUGUUGGAGAUCUUCAUACUGUGAUGUAUGUUUAAGUCAGAACGGCUUUAAAAAACUGAUAAAGCAUCUCCAAUGUAUUUUCUGAAAGGAAUUUCUUAUCAUGAAUGUGUAUUUUGUCGUUUCCAAAUUUCUAAAAAUUGUGAAAUAUGUCAUAGAGUUCAAAGUUUUCAAGUUUAUCAGUCUCUCAUAUUCAGGAGUUCAGCUAUGUACAUUGUGCCAAAUAUUUCAUAUUUUCUUAUUGUCUUCCUCUUUUUUAAGUGUUUUAUGGUUGUGAUUAGUAUUUUUGUGAACAUUAAUGUUGGAGUUAAGUCGAGAUUGUUCUCUGGGUACUUUCUUCUUAAUUCAUAACUGGAUUAUAACUGUACUUGACAGAAAUGCCAACAAGAAAAUGUUGGUAAGACAUUCCAUUAACAAUAUUUUAGAUUAAGAAUUCUGACAAAGUUUUUAGACAUAUCGUUAAUUAAUGAUUUUUAUGCUAUAUAAUUUAUGACUGUUGAUUCUUGUCUUAAGUCUUGUACUGAGUACCUAAUUUUUUUCUCUCUCUUUGGGACUGGUUUAGAACCCAAUGUAAGCUAACAAGCUGAUUGUGGACACUGUAUUCUCUUUCUUGUAUUAAGUUUAGCCAAGUACUUCUUGUUAAGCUAGUGAUCUUAUACAGUCUCAACAUUGAUACAUUUCAUUAUCCUUCACUUUUAUGAGAGAUAUAGCAUUCUCUUUACACAGUUCAAAUAUUACAUGUUUAACUUUAUUUCGAGGUCUUAUAGGAUGACAGUGUUCUGAGAGCUUGUCAUGUCUUUCAAAAUGUUUCUUUUUAUUAAAUUGUUACCUUAUGUAAUUCUUAUGCUGUGCAUUGUUAUUGUUAUGCAUUAUUAAGCUUUUUUUUACAUGUUGAGUUACUGUUGUUUCAAACAAGCAUUGGAUGUGGACAAAUUGUUUGAUUUUUCAAAGGAAAAUAGUGGGAAAUGAAAGUCAAAGAAAAAGGAUUGAAAAAUGUUUGCUGCAAGAUGUACUUUAUUUUUAUUUUUUUAUAUCUUCAAAAAUUAUUUAUUGAAUUUGAAAUUAAAUCAAUAUUUGAAAUUGGAGAGAUAAAAGCGCACAAGUUUAAGGAGCAUCAAAUGUGCAGUAUAAUUCGUUAUUCAACUUUUUAAUUAUACAUGUAUUCAAGCUGUUUUGUUAAAAAAUUGUUCCCUGAAUUAAUAAAAUAUUGUAUCUUUCAGAGGAAGAAAAUGAAACCUUGAAUAUUUUAUACUUAUAUAAAUACGUUUGUGUAGCAUUUUGUAUUGUGCUACAUUAGUAAGAAUGAUCAUGGAACUGAAUAAUUUAAUUAUUGUUACUCAUUUUGGUAGAUUGGAUCUUAAAUGACAGAUCUGUGAAGGAUUUAGGUUUUAAAUUGGUUUGUUGCUGAAAGGCACAUUAAACCCAGUCAUAGUCAUUGGUCUGAGUUGUUUCAUGUGUUUGCCAACACUGUUGAAGAUUGUGUAGAAAUGCCUUUCAUUUGUCUGGGAUGUUCUAAUUGUGCCAUAGGCCACUGAUUAUAAUUGAAAGCAAUACGAUGUUAUCAUCUUUGACUAACUGAUGUAGAAAUGUGAAUUAGUAGCAAGGGUUUAAUUAAUGUUUAAUUUUAUUUUUGAAAGAAGCAUUGUGUAAUAAAGCUGCUCUCUGAUAUGCACCAACUCCAGUUGUUUUAACUCUUGUUACCAAAAUAUAGAAUUCCUAGAUAUGUUGGGUUAGUAUUGGAAAUUGUAAUUAUUGAUGCUAUUUGCAAAACAUGACAGUAUUUACAAAUUGCUCAAAAGUGUAUGUGUACUGUAAGCUUCAAUGAAGUUGUGUUGAUUUAACUGUGAUGCACUAAUUUCUGUAAUAAUAACUGCUUUGAACCAAAAUGACAGUUAUUUCUUCCAGUGAAAACUGAAAGAAAAGUUAUUUCAAAUGAUACUGAAUUAAAAUUUGUCUUGAAAGGAAACGGUUACUCUUGCGAGGCUGUUCAAAAUUUGAGCCCAUCUUUUCUUUUAUUUGUCAAUAUUUAUCUUGCCUACAAUUACACACUAUAUUAAAACUGUAUGUUUAUAUUAGAGUAUGCUGUAACGGACAAAGCUAUUUGUGAUGCAGAUGUUACAAGAAUUUGGCACUAGAAGUGUGUAUGUUGUUGUGAACAUGAAAUAAUCGUAAAGUUGUUACAUAUUCUUGCAUUAAAUUUACAAGAGACUGAUUGUAUGUGUCAAAAAGCCUGUAAUCAUGGUAAUUGGGAAUAAAAGUCCUGCUGACUACAUGUAAAUAACUGUAUAGUUUUUAUGUAUACUUCCACUACUGUCACACACUGUAUAUUCUUUUUUUAUUAAUUUUUUAAAGUUUCAUUUCAUUUGAUUUGUUAUUAAUAAAAAGUAAAGCCUGAGUGGUG